GACCAGUUGUUGCACCACACCACACCACACCACCAAGUAGCUAGCUAGCUUAAUUGCCUACUUAAUGCCUUGCCAUCACCACAAUCUCCCGUACCCAUUCGCUCUCGCAUUCAUCUCUUGCUUAGACCAGCAAGCAAGGCCAAUGGAACUCAUCGGCAUGCAUAAACCGCUUCUCCUCCUCAUCAUCAUGGCGGGGCUCGCCAGCGGCAGCCCACCGCCGGAGCCGGUGGCUUGCACGGGCCGCGGCAACACCGAUUGCACGGUGACCAACACCUACGGCUCCUUCCCGGACCGCACGAUCUGCCGCGCCGCCAACGCCACGUUCCCAACCACCGAAGCCGAGCUCGUCGCCGCCGUGGCCUCAGCCGCGGCCUCCAAACGCAAAGUCAAAGUGGCCACCAAGCACUCCCACAGCUUCCCCAAGCUGGCCUGCCCGGGGGGCCGUUCCGGCACGAUCAUUAGCACGGAGCGGCUCAACCGGACGGUGAGCGUGGACGCUGCCAAGGGGCUCAUGACGGUGGAGUCCGGCAUGGUGCUCCGGGACUUGAUCAAGGCUGCCGCGGCAGCGGGGCUCGCGUUGCCGCACUCGCCGUACUGGUAUGGGAUCACCAUUGGGGGGUUGUUGGCGACGGGGGCUCAUGGGAGUGGGCUUUGGGGGAAGGGGAGUGCUGUGCAUGAGUAUGUUGUUGGGAUGAGGAUCGUGACCCCCGCGCCGGCGAGCGAGGGGUGGGCCGUGGUUAGGGAGCUUGGGGUUGAUCAUCCUGACCUCGACGCCGUUAAGGUCUCCCUCGGCGUCCUCGGCGUCGUCUCCCAGGUCACUCUAGCGUUGCAGCCGAUGUUCAAGCGGUCAGUGACGUUCGAGAAGCGUGAUGACACGGAUUUCGCGGCACAAUCGGCCGUGUGGGGCGGUCUGCACGAGUUCGGCGACAUGGCGUGGCUGCCGCGGCAGGGCAAGGUGAUCUACCGCAAGGACGACCGCAUCCCCGUCUCGACACCGGGGAACGGUCUCAACGACUAUAUCGGCUUUCGCGCCAACCCGACUCUCGCGCUCAUCACCGCCAGGGCCACGGAGGAGCACCUAGAGAAAGAUGGUGAUGACAUCGCCCGAUGCCUGUCGGCACGGGUGCCGGGGGCGUUGUUCGAGCUCCAAGCAUACGGUUUCACCAACGAUGGAUCCUUUUUCACAGGGUACCCCGUGGUUGGGUUCCAGAACCGGAUCCAGGCAUCCGGGACCUGCAUUGGGAGCCGAGAGGAUGGACUGCUAUCCUCCUGCACGUGGGACCCGCGCAUCCGGAGCCCCUUCUUCUAUCAAUCUGGAUUUAGUGUCGCGCUCUCCAAGACACCGGCGUUCAUCGCUGACAUGCAGAAGCUCCGUGACCUGAACCCACGUGCCUUCUGUGGACUUGACGCGAAGCUAGGAAUCCUCCUACGCUACGUCAAGGCGUCAUCGGCAUACCUCGGCAAAUCGGAGGACUCUCUUGAUUUCGACGUCACCUACUAUCGAAGCUACACCGAGGGUGAGACGCGGGCACACUCCGACGUGAUCGACGAGCUUGAGCAGCUAGCAUUCGGAAAGUACGGCGCCGUCCCGCACUGGGGCAAGAACCGCAACUUCGCGUUCACCGGUGCCAUCACCAAGUACCCCAAGGCCGGCGAGUUCUUGAAGGUGAAGGAUCGGUAUGACCCUGAUGGGAUCUUCUCUAGCGAAUGGAGUGACCAGGUUCUCGGCAUCAAAGGGAGCCCCAACGUCGUUGGGAAGGGUUGUGCUAUCGAAGGGCUAUGUGUUUGCUCCGAUGACUCGCACUGUGCGCCGGAGAAGGGAUACUUCUGCAGGCCAGGCUUGGUGUACCAAAAGUCGAGGGUAUGCUCGACCCGCCCUGCCGCCACCACCGACCUCAGGGACGAGCUGUAAAUUAUUAAGCAAGUACAUAACUUAUUGACCGGGUGUGUUUGAAGACGAAGCAACACUGCAUUUCAUAUGUUCCUGCCUGUGUUUAGAUUGCAAAUUAAGUUUAUGAAAAAAAUGUUUGAGUGAUUGUGGUUUUUUGAUCAUUGAUUUGUUCUAUUUACCUAUUUCUGCAGACAGAAUUUAUCUAUGGAUCUUUAUCUGUGUU